CCACUCCAAAAGUAUAUCCAUCCAUUGUCAACUCAAUUGAUCUUAUCAUGGCUUCUAAUUCCAACACUAGUCCUCCUGAGACAAAGAAAUACAAGGGCGUACGACGGCGUAAGUGGGGGAAGUGGGUGUCAGAGAUUCGAGUUCCGGGCACACAAGAGCGCAUGUGGCUUGGUUCUUACUCGUCGCCGGAAGCUGCCGCCGUGGCUCACGACGUCGCAUAUUAUUGCCUGAGAAGACCCUCAAACCUCGACCACCUCAACUUCCCGCCCAUGGUUCUGCCCUUGACCAACCACCUCCUUAUCCGAGACGACAUGUCGCCUGGCUCCAUUCAGAAGGCAGCCUCCGACGCUGCCAUGGCCGUCGAUGCGCAGUAUAUAUGUAACAGCUCGCCUGAUCGGGGCAGCAGCGGCGGGACAGGGGCAUUUCACGGAUCAGGAUACGAGAGUUAUACUGCGAUGAAUGAUCAAGAUCGAGAUCGAGAUAUUUCCAUCGAAGAUUAUCUGUGAGCGUCAAUUUGAUCAUUGGUGAUUAACGGCGGGGAUCUUAUGAUAGUUUUAUCGAAUAGUGAUCAAUUUUUCAUUAGACUUCCAUCGGGGCCGGGCAGGA